AUGCUCCGCACAACCCUCACCAAGACGGCUGCCUUCCGUCCCCUCCGCGCCGCAUUCAGCACCACCGCUCGCGCCAUGGGCGAAGGCGACACCGGCGCUCCCCCCAAGACCGGCGGCACAGGUGACGCCUUCCGACGCCGCGAAAAGGCCUCCGAGGACUACGCCAUCCGCCAGCGCGAAAAGGAAAAGCUGCUCGAGCUCAGGAAGAAGCUGACCGAGCAGCAGGAGCACCUCGAUCGUCUCGCCAAGCACAUUGACGAGAUUACCAAGGAGCAGGGCGGCGAGCAGAACUAA